UCAGAUCAAAUAAGCUCCGGUCGAUUUAAAAAAAUUAAUACGUUUGUUAAAGCAAAUAAAUUGUGUAAGAAACUCAACUGUGAUGUAUAUGGAAUAGACAUACCAUAAGUGUCAAGUUUGUAGUAACCAGAGAGUUUCAUAGUUUCCUUUCAAAAGUUAUACAUUAAUUUUUUGAUCUCCGAUCUUCGAAACUGUGGAGAAAGCGAAGCGAUGUCGAAUCAACCAUCACCCACUGAUGGUGAUGAUGGGAAUAUUUUAAUAGAUUUUUGGUUAGAUUUCCAUUAUCCAACUACUAAAAAUAAAAAGUAUGAACUUUCACGUCAAGAAAUCACCGAUAAAUAUGGAUUUAUAACGACUUGUAUAUUGGUAGGAUUUGUUUUAUUGAUACCUUUAAAGAGAUAUGCUAUAAAGCAUGGUUAUACAUUUAAUCAUUUCCAAUAUAUGAGAUCAUUAAAUCCAAAAUUAAAUCGAUAUAUUCAUUCAUCUCCUGAUUUAAAAUCAUAUUUUGCAUCAACCAUUAAAUCUACUUUAUUCUUUUUAGCUUAUCAUAUGCCCACCAUAAUUCAAGUAAUAUUUUGGUUAAUAAUAUUAUCUACAUUAUCUUUGGUUGAUAUUCAUAAUGGAGAUCUUAUAUAUUUAGCUAAACGUCUAGGUAGAAUAGCUACCGUAUGUUUACCUACCAUAUUAUUCCUUAGUUUAAGACCAUCUCCAUUACCUAAUACCUUAUAUUUAUCAUUAAUCCCAAUUCAUAAAUGGUUAUCGAGAAUAAUUAUCUUACAAGCAGUAAUUCAUGCUGGAUUAUAUCUUGGUUACUUCCACAAGAAGCAUACUUGGUUUAAAAUGUGGAAAUAUGAAAAUAUUUAUGGUUGGAUAGCCUUAGGAGGAUUUUUAAUAAUGAUGAUAACUUCAUUAUCCAAAUUAAGAAAUAAAUACUAUAAGUUAUUUUAUAUUAAUCAUUAUGUUUGGUCCUGGAUCAUUGUAAUAUGUCUUCAGUUCCAUGUUAGACCCUAUAAAAUUACUACUUAUACCAUAGUAAAUAUCGGGAUUCUUACUUAUCAAAUCAUUUAUAGGUUAACUUUAACUACAACUAUUCCAUCAUUAAAAGUUACUAUAGCAUCCCCAAAUUUAUCAUUGAUUGAAUUUCCUAAAAAGUAUAUAAAAAAUGUUCCUUUAAAACCAGGUUCACAUAUUAGAUUAACUAAUUAUCAUCCUAAUUUCUUAGUAAGAGCCUAUAAACAAUUAAUACCUAAUUAUCAUCCUUAUACAUUAGUUUCAUUACCUCAAGAUCCUAUUCAGAAACUAAUUAUUAGACAGAGUAACUUUGAAUUAAUAAAUAAUAAACCUUAUCUUGUGACAGGAUCUUAUGAUCCAAACUUGUUAUUUAUUAAUUCCAAACAAUCAUCUCAAGAACCAUUUUCAAUUUCAAAACUUCAUAUUAAUGCUAGACGUAUAUUGAUUAUUAUUGGUGGUUCAGCUAUUUCCUUUGCAUUACCAAUAUUAAGAGUAAUGAAUUAUCAUGGAAUACCUUGUAAGAUUGUUUGGGUUAUUAAAGAUUUUAGAGAUGUUUCUAUAUUAAAAUAUUUCGAUGGUUUUAUUCAUGGUGAUGAUUUUGAAAUAUUUAUUACCGGUAGAAACUACGAUGAAUCCUCUAUUACCCCUAAUCAUCUUAGAAAUCAUAAGAGUUAUGGCUCUAUAUUAAGUAAACUAACUACUGAUACUGAUACUGCUGCUACUACUAAUAAUAUUAAUAAUAUAACUUUCCCUCCUGAUCUUGAAUUAGGAGAGAAUACCCAUUUGAACAAUACUUUGAAUUAUGAAAAUGAAGUUGAAAAUGUCGAAAUUUCAGUUGAUAAUGAUGAGUCUGAUAAUGACUCUAGCGAAAGUCCAUGUGAAAUUCAUGAUUAUUCAUAUCGUAGCUUUACUCAAUCAGCCAUAGAUGAUGAAGAGGAGGAAGAAGAAGAUAGCGAGAAUGCAGAUCAAGUGCAACGGGGCAAUGACUUCCUUGUCCAAGAGUAUAAUGCUCAAGAACAAGAGGUCACAUUUGAUGAAGAAAGUCAUUCUAUCAAAAUCAAACCACUUUUAUCUCCAAACCAUUCUCGGAAAUCUAGUAUAAAUGAGCCAUUCAUACUUAAUACAGACUCAACAUCUAAUUCAGCUCUUAAACAAUUCCGAGAAACCAUUAGAAGGUUGAAUAUUGAGAAUAAGAUAUUUAAAGGAAGACCUAAAUUGAGUCAUAAGUAUUACAAUUGGUGUAUUAAUGAAGGAUUCACUCAAUGUAUAGGACCACAACAAGAUCUGGAUAAUAAUUUGGUAUGCUGUCGAGAUUUACCUCGAAAUAAAAUUAAGCAAGAAGAUAUAAAUGCUGAAAAGAUCUGGGUUAUUUCGGCUGGUCCUAAACCUUUGGUUGAAAAUGUUAAGUUAUGGUCUAAUGAAUAUGGAUUGAAAUUCCACGAAGAAGCCUUUUAUUCCUAA